AUGCCGCCCUUGGCCCUACUAGGUGCCGCUGCCGUAUCCGCCCGCGAAGUGCCCGCCACUAUCCGGAGCUUCUACAACUCACUCGGGGCCGCAGGGAGCUGCUGUAACAAGCUAGCGACGGGCUUCUACGCCUCCGACGAUGGCCCGGACACCUUCUCCUACUGCGGCGACCACCUGAGCGACUACAACGUGGUCUAUAUCCAGGGCGUGGGCGGCGCGCUCGCAGAUAUGGACGUCGACUGCGACGGGGCGCAGCGCGCGGGCAGCGACGACGGGCGGUGCAACAGCAGCACCGACACGCAGGGCGAGACGGCGUUCCGGUCGACGGUGGCGGGCUACGGGAGGGGCAUCGCCGACCUCGACCCGUUCGUGCACCCGUACGUCGUGUUCGGUAACGAAGGGUCCAAGCCGGGCUGGAAGACGUUCGAUCCGCGCGCGUACGGCGUCGAGCCGUUGUCGGUCGUGGCGGUGGUCUGCGGUGACCAGUUGCUCUAUGCCAUCUGGGGCGACACCAACGGGGACGACGGCGCCAAGCCAAUGGUAGGCGAGGCAUCGAUCGCCCUGGCGACGGCGUGCUUCGGUUCGUCCAUGAGCGGCAACAAUGGCCACGACGCCACCGACGUGCUGUACCUGGCCUUCGCCGGGUCAGAGGCCGUGCCGGGCGCCGACGGCGCCGCAUGGGACGUGGGCUCGUUUGAGGAGUUCGAGGCGUCCAUCGCCGCGCUGGGAGACAGGCUUGUGCAGCGGGUCGGCGGCCGCGCGGGCGAUUCAGACGAGCCACCCCGCGAAGGCGGGUGGGCAGGCAGGAGCCUUGGCUAA